AUGGGACAUUCCAACCAGGAUGCUCUGGAUAAUACAAGGCAUGCCACGAACGGUAUUCCGGCUGUUGGUCAACCGCCCCAGUCUUUGUGCGGCGGAUGCAUGAAGGGAAAGCAAACGGUGGCUAAAUUUUCGCAUUGUUCCAGCUCGAAGACGUCGCGCGUUCUUGAGCUCGUCCACACGGAUAUGAUGGGACCAAUGAAUAAUCCUUCGAAAGGUGGUGCCAAGUAUGUCCUGACGUUCGUGGACGACUACUCGCGCUACGUUGUGGCCUAUUUCUUGAAAAAGAAGAGCGAGGUGGCCACUAAGCUUAGAGAGUUCAUGACUUUCUAUGAGAAUCAAUGGGGAGAGCGCAUGAAGUGUUUACGAUCGGAUAAUGGAACGGAGUUUGUGAACCAGAUAUGUAUGCUGAAUGGUAUCGUGCAUCAACGGACUGUCCCGUAUAGUCCUUGGCAGAACGGAUGA